UACAGCGCUGGUCGACUGGACUGAAUGGAAAUGCGUCGGCAAAGUGGCAGCGUGGCGAGCAAAGGAUUUGAUCCCCGAGACCUUCGGCGAAAUAAGACUGUGCCCUCAGCUGAAAGAUGUCAGGGACAGCAAAUAUAGAGGCUGAAAGAGUAGUCUCCAAAGUGAAAGUCAAAAAUGAGAUCAAGAGCAUUGUGGAGAACCUGGAAACCAUCCUGGGAGACUUGAAGGAUGUGGCCAAAGAACUCAAAGAGGUUGUCCAUGAGAUCGACACCCUCACUUGUGACCUGCAACUGGAGGAGGACGGGAUGACAGACAGCUCCAAGACAGACACACUCAAUUCCAGCUCCAGUUCCACCACCACCAAUGCGUCCAGUCUAGAAAAGAUAAAGCUCUUCCCAGAGGACAGCGUCUUUAAAAAACCUUCUUCCAUCAUUCCAGUCCCCAUCAACCCCUCGGCAGUCCUGGCUGUUAUUAAAAGAUCCCAUCCACCUUUACCACCACCAAGGCUUGCUCCACUAAGAACUGAGGAGCACAACAUCAAGAAUCUGCCUCAUCUGACAUUAGUGUUAUCAGCAAAUUUAUCCAAGGCCAAUGGGUCUCUAAUAAGAAAUGGUGGAGUCUUUCCAGUGAAACCACAUAGAGAUUUAUUCUCUUCCACACUGUGUUUCCUUUCUAGUGACAGUGGGAUACCUGUGUCAGGGCUUGUUCCCACCUUGCCCAGACCCAUGCCCUUAUUGCGUCAUGAGAAGAACAAAUGCCCCGAGGCCCCUGGUAGGGAGCUGCGUGAAAGGGAGCGUGUUCAUUUUAGCGAGAAGGUCCAGUAUCACGGCUAUUGCCCAGACUGCGACCUGCAAUAUGAUGUAGACAACACAGAGUUUCACCUACAGGCAGAACUGAAUGGCUUGAGGCUCUGCCCUGUACACUGCUGCUCUUUCUCACCACCUCCUCCCCCUUGUGCUCUUUCUCAUAAUUUACUGUUGGAAAAUGGCAGCUUCUCGCUCAGCCAUAGUUUUCCCCCAACAGUAAACACUCCUCCACCUUUUGUGCCUCCUCAUCCCCCUUCCUUUAAACCCCAGAAAACAAUCCUACGCAAAUCAACCACCACCACCGUUUGACCUUGUUCUCCUUACCUUAAACAUUCUUGAAUCAUUCAUAGUGUUUCCUACUUUAAGAGUGCUUUCUACUGUAGUGAACUCUGGCUAUUUCAAACAGAGGGAGGAAGGGUUGGGGAAAAACAGGAAAAAAACAGGAUGGAUAAAGUGAGCAAAAGAGAGAAGAAAGUAUUGCCAUGAGCAGUGAGAUGUACACAGAGAGAUCAGGAUGAAGCGGUGAGUCUUUGUGUGUGUGUGUGUGUGUGUAUGAAUUUUUUUGUUAAGCAAAAGAAAGCUCAAUUCCUUGGUGCAUGUCUCUGAGUAUGCUUUCAAGUAUUUGUUUUUAUUUAUGAAUGAACUUUAAAUUUUUACAGCACAAACAAUGCUGACACAACAUAAACACAAAAUCUAAAUGCUGUUUGUGUCUUUUGCUGCUAACGAGUCUAAAACUCAGGAGGGAUUUUUUUUUUCCAGAAAAGUGCUGUGAUUAAUUCAUGUCCUUCUAGAUGAAACAAGAAAACCUGCUUCCCUCAGAUUCCAUCAGAAGCCCUCAAGCUCUUUCCACACACUGAUCCCUUAACUGCACACAGGCUUUGAGUAAAGCGGAAUACACAAGCAUAUGUGUCACUACAGAACAGGCAAUGGCAUCUGUUACCCACACAUCUAACAGGAGAAUUAGGUUCUAUCAUUUUUCCUCCUCCGUCAAGGCCUCUUUGUUUCUACAAGGCAGGUUUCCCUGAUGUGUCAAACAGAAGAAGUGAGAAAUUAGAGGGUGUGAGAAAAGACUGACAAGAUCACUGGAGAAGAGAUGUGUUAUAUUAAAAUUCUGCUUUUCAAUGGUCUGUCAAUAAAAUCUUGUACUGUAUUUUCCGCACU